ACUUUCUUACAUACUAUAUUUGAUGCCCACAAUGCUAUGAUAUGUAAAUUACUCGACAACAUGCACACAGACCCGCGGCAUGUUACUAUGAGCGACUGAGACUGGUAGCGUUGUCCCUAUGCACCAAUAAGUUACAAGGGACAUGCCGCCAAGGGCCGCUGCAAACGCAGCGCCCGCUGUGCGCCAAGACUUCCCAUGGGCGCUGGGCAUCCUCGGCAACCCUGACGCGGACCCCACCCAGCUUCCCUUGGCACUUAACUACCUAUCUACAUUAAAUGUGUCAACCAGUUUACCGCAUGAUACCUCGGCUGUCACACAGCUCCUCACGCUGGCGACCCCAUUUGUAUGCGCCAAUGACACCGCGGUAAACACUACCGCCAUUAAGGUGGUCACGCGGCUGGUGUUCACGGACUCACAGAAUCACGAUGAGCUGCGGGAGGCGCUCCAACAACCAGCUAGCUUGCAGGCGCUGUGGGCGGUUUUGACCUACUUCCACGCCUCCUUCGACGCCUAUUCGGCCCGACUGCUGGUCAUCCAAUCAGAGCCCCCGGAGCCGCCAACCCCCGUGCGAAACCAGGGCAAACCAGAUUCCCGCAAUGCCAAGAACCCGCCGCCGCCACCCGUGGACCCGGAGACCACCCUGCCGGGACCCAGCAAGUACGCUCUGGACCUGGCCAUUACGGCUUUAAGCAGCCUGGUGGCCAGCAGCACGGCGGCUGAGGCGGCGGCGGUGGGGUUUAUGUGCUCUGACGUGGCACCGCUGCUGACAGUUUUGAAGCACCACUCCAGCAGGAUACAAGUCCUCGCGCUGCGCCUGAUCCGCACGCUGCUCCAAUCCGACACGAUGGCCAUAGUGCUGGCGGGUGCGGGGACGAUGGGGCAGCUGACGGAACUCCUGUGCAGCAGCCUCUUCGGUGCGGUGCGAGAGGAGGUGCUCCUGGCGUUGAUGAGGAUGAUGGGCAACUAUCCCCCUGCCAUGCAGCUGGCGUUAGACAGUGGCCUGCCCGCCGCCCUGCUCAAGCACGUAUUGGCACCCACGACGGGUGUGCCGCAGGAAGACCCGCCGACGCCACCACCGCCGCCACCUGGCUCCGAGACGCCUACCUCGCCGCGGCCUCCGGUGCCGCUGUCCCCCCGACCCGGAGCGUCACCCCGUCCCUCCGGGCCCUCUCCCCGGCCCGGGGCCACAAUGGACGGCACGGAGGCCGGGAUUGAGGUGCCGCCAGGACCGCCGCCCAUUGACUUUGCACGGCCGAUGCCCAGCUCGGCUGACCGGCUGCAGGAGCUAUCGGUCCAGAUGCUGCUACAGAUGUGCAAGCACCACCAUGGUGCAGUACAGCACCUCCUGCGCCUGGGUGCCAUGCAGCUGCUGCUGGCGCUGCUGCCCGCCCCCAAGCUGCCCGAGCUGCCCCCCAAGCCGCCCAGCAGUAAGAGGCCGUCAUCCGCUUCCGACACCUUCAUCGCCGGGCUGCCAGCGGCGCCGUUGAUGGAAGCCUGGUUGCCGUACAUCGACGGUCCACCGACGAUGCCGUUGCCGAAGGCGCCCCUGAAUUCUCAUCCUCUGGCGGCAAGCCUGCUGCAGAUGCUAGCUUGCUUGCUAUCUGAACCGGGUGUUCAGGACUAUUGGUGGUCGGUGCACUCCUCUAAGCGGCUCCACCUCCAGCUGAUGUACCUGCUGCGAACAGAUGCACCGCCAAAGCCCAAGCCGCAGUGUAUGCUGCAGCUCAUUAAGGACCCCCGAUGGCUGCAGCUGGCGCCGUAUCUGACAUUACUGCAGCAGACUGUACGACAGACAGAGGAAUGGGCACCGGCGAUGGUGGAGCCGAUGGCGGAGAUCCUACAACGCAUUAUGCAGACACGGCUGCCGCCGCCGCCGCGUGCAGUGGCCGCUUCGGCGGCGAGGCCGUCGCAGUCGACGACGUCGCCAGCACUUUCGCAAUCACCGACGGCCGAAGGCCCGCCGCUGCCGGCGGCAGAGCAGCAGCAGCUGCAACCACACGCAUCACAAGUGGCGCCGUCGGUGACGGCUGACGGGGCACCGCUGAACUUGCAGCGCAUGUGCAAUGCAGUCGCUAACGGCCUCAGCCAGGAAGCCAACGGCCUCAGCGACACGGACCUGAGCAGCGAGGAUGCGGUCAAGGCGCUGAAGGAGCUUGCCAAAAUGGUUCGCAAGGCUACCAGCCCCGACCCAAAGGCCAUUACUGCCGUGGCGGCGGCGCUGCUGGUGCUGCCCGAGUCUGCCAUCUACGCACCGCCGUGGCCGCCACUACCGUCGCCGCCGCCCACCCCACCCCCGCCGCCGCUGCCCACAUCACAGUACCUAUGGGAUGCGCUGGGCCGGCCCGUCAUGACUGACGGGAUCAAACUACCGCACCUGUGA